AUGGCUCACAUUGCCAAGUGCCUCGUCGAUAUCGACACCACCUAUAUAACCAACAAGAUCUCGCAACUACCUAAUGACUCGAAAACAUCACUACAUUCCCAGUCUGAGAAGCCGUUUACUUGGAGAAUGCAACAACCAGACUCUUCCAAGAAGUACCAGCUUUUCCCCAAGGAGAAGCGACUGCCAGUCCUCAACAGCAACAAAGGAGCAGACUCGGAGAAAGCUACUAUGACACCUGCAGCGGCAUUAGAAGAGAAGGCGGACAGUCAGCCACUACUCAAUGGCUUGAAGAAGCGGCUCAACCAGCAUAGUCUGGCACGACGACGCAAGAUCAGUGUGCCUGAAGUCGGACCCAUGACAACGGUUCAAGAGCUCUCCAUGGACUCUCCAACAAUCCCUGGCCGUCCUCCCUUUCACGAGCGUUCUAUCAGCGCACCUGGUAACUCUUGCAGAGACUACAACUUCACAGACACGUUUCUCUUUGCUUCGAGCGACGAUGAGGGCCCCGAUCCUCACUUUUCGAAGAAAGAACGAAGCGAGUCGAAAUCGAGAGACCACACUCCCACUUCACCAAGACACCUGGCUCCCCUGGUUAUCCCUAGACAUGGAGGACAAUCGCCUCUGCUCCGCCGGCAACAGUCUCUCAACUGCUUUCCUAUGAACAACGAACCUGUCAAACAGGGCCGCAGCAAUGGAUCAUCGCCCCAAAGCCGUUACGGUUUCACUCCAACCUCGUCUAUGCCUGAUCUUACAACACCCAGGUCAGCAACCACAGGCUCUAUGACUCCCACUCCAGUCUCUGCACCGAUCAUGGAGUCUCGAACCGAAUCUCCGCAGCUUCCUGACGGACGUUACACACCUCCCAUUGCUGCCACCGAGAAUGUUCGUGGAGGACAUCGAAGGGGUGGCUCUGAGUCGUCAGUCAUGAUGGACAGAGGUCGCCCUCGAAAGAGACGUGACCAGCGUUCUACCAACGGACCCAUCAUUCAGAGAGCUGAGUCGAAGAGAAGCCAGAGCACAGAGAAGGCAGCCUUCGAGAAGCUCCCUGUUGGUGUAAAGCACACAGACGCCAUGGAGAAGUUCCAACAGUCUGAGCUCACUAUGCUUCAGAAACAAGCAUAUGAGCAAGUGGGUCGGUUCGAGGUUCUGAAGGCUGAAGACGUCGAGGCAUUAUCCAAGGAGCUUCGCCAUCUGGACGAGAAGACCGAAUACCUUCGUCGCACUUAUACGGCUCUACGAUCAGGUCGCAAAAACCUCCACUCACGUAUCUGCCAGUACUUGCGUUCUCCACGUGUUGCCAAGUUCAGCAACGAGUCCAUGCUGAAGCAGGAAGAGGCACUCACUGAACUGGAUGCUUCAAUCGACGAUUGGGUCAACAAGCUGGAACAGGCAGAGAACCGACGUACUCGUGUUCGACAGAAGCUCCUGGAGCAUGUUGCUGCUGCUGCUUGCCUCCCUGUCUGGGGAUCACCUGCUGCACAGGAGGCUCCAAUGACUGGGGCAUCUGCUUCUGGCUUUGGUUAUAUCUCGACACCACCUCGAAGCCCUUCGAAGGAGUCUCCUAUUUCACCUCGCAACGGUAGUAACUCACCCUCCCCUCAUCGCGUUGUGGCUCAGGUCCCCAGCACGAUCGUCGAACAGCCUGUGAUCGAAGAGGAGGCUAUGAGGGAAAGCGGUAACCAGGUCACAAGUCCUGCAGCUUUGAAGCGAAACGAGGUCGAGAGCAUUCGAAUCUAUGCUGGUGAUGAUGUCUACACUCUGCUCGCUGACGUUGAGGACGAAAUCACCAAAAUGAGCAAGCAAGCGGUGCAAGAACCUGCCCCUGCUCCCUGUGCGAAGGACACAAACCGCAUUGCAAUCCACCGUCAGAGGAGUCACGAACUCCUCAAUGGGUUGUCCAAGGAAAGCCACUCCAGCAAGAGAAGAGAUUUCUCUGAAGGCCGAGCAAUCUCUCCUCUUGCGCCUACAUCCACACAUGCAACAACCACUGCCACUCCCACAACUACCACCACCACCUCUGGGCAAAGCGAACCACCAGCAGAUGACCUUCCUCUGCUCGCAAAUGUUGUCUACCGACCCUGA